GGAGGCGGCCGCGCGGGGACGGUGAGUUUCCAAAAGAAAAGUUCAUUCCUGAGCCAAAAAGUAGCAUUUGAAGAGAAAGUCCUAGCAGACGGGACAAGUUUAGACUGACUGGGUCCCCAGAGUUACGGUGAAGUAGCCGUGAUGCACUAACAUCUUCUGAAACGUCUUCUCCAAGUGUGCAGGAUUUCACCCAUGUUUGUGGUACAGAUCCAGGACAUCUAGAGUAUUUUAUUUUGUUUUAAUCACUAAGCCACGAAGACUGCAAACAUGUCACUGGAAGAUAUCCACAUGAACACUCAGGACUUGCUUGAAAAGCAGCAAUUAGAUGCUGGAGGGUUUGGAACAAUUUCUUUAUGCUUUCACAAGAAACAUGGAUAUGUGGUAUUAAAAACAGUGUAUACAGGACCUCAACGCACAGAAUACAAUGCUUCCCUCCUUGAAGAAGGCAGGAUCAUGCGCAAACUGCAGCAUGACCGUGUGGUAAAGCUACUAGGUAUAAUUUUGGAAGAUGGAAACUACUCACUUGUAAUGGAGUAUGUGGACCGGGGAAACUUGAUGAAGGCUCUACAGAAACUCUCCAUGCCUUUAUCAGUGAAAGGACGUUUUGUGCUGGAGAUUACAGAAGGAAUGCUUUACCUACACGAGCAAGGCUUAGUUCAUAAAGAUCUAAAACCAGAAAACAUCCUUGUGGACACAGACUUCCACAUUAAGAUUGCAGAUCUUGGUGUUGCCUCCUUUAAGAACUGGAGUCGGCUGACCAAAGAAGAAACUGUCCGACAAAAGCAAAUAAGGAGCACUUCCCAGACCAAUGCUGGGACUCUUUUCUAUAUGGCCCCAGAGCACUUAAGCUCUCUUAAUGUAAAACCUGUGGAGAAGUCAGAUGUUUACAGCUUUGGCAUAGUGAUGUGGGCAAUUUUUGCUGACAAAGAGCCAUAUGAACAUGGUAUAAAUGAAGCUCAGAUUUGCUUUGGCAUCAUUAACGGAAACAGACCAGACAUAAAAGAGAUUAUUGCAAAAUGUCCACAGGAAAUAAUUGACUUAAUGAAACAGUGCUGGGAACAAGAGCCAGAGAAAAGGCCAUCCUUUGCAGAAAUUUGUCAAAAAUACAAGCCAUUUUACUAUCAAAAAUUAGAAAAAAAUAUUGAAGAUGAUCUGAAAAAGAUAAAAAAAAUGUGGCCUGAGUCAAAUGAACUGCUGAACAGGAUGCAGUCCCUUCAAAUAGAUGCUGUAGCAGAAGACUCCAGUAGUGGUCAAGUAGAUCAGCCUAAUUCUCUACACAGCUCUCAGGAUCCCAUGACCAGCCAGGUGAACGAAGCCUUUUUUGCUGCCUCCCCUGAGAACCAGCCUGUAGAGAGCUGUGAGACCUCAUUUACACCCACUGAGAAUCUGGAAAGAAAACUACAGCAUGAAUACAACUACCAUGUGUUUGGCAACUGGAUGGAUAAAUCAGAAAUUCCACCUGUAGUAUAUACCCCUGAAAUGAGAGAGGAGGAAAGGAGACGAAGAGUUUCCUAUGAUCCAUUUGCAAAGCCAUCUCCUACUCAACAAAGGAGUGAACUCUAUCCAAGAGCUGAAGAUACAAGCUCAAACACUAAUCUUUAUUUUCAGCCACAACCAGCUGCAACAACAUCAACAUGGGGAAAAUUUGAUAUUUUUAAUGGGCCGAACCCUAACAGUUUCCUAGCAGGAAACAUAGAGGAUCGCUAUGGAGCAUGUUCAGCCAGUUCAUUUAGCCUAAAUAAACCUCCUGUGCCUGAAUCUGGCCCAAAUCCGAAGUCAAAGAACACUGUGAAAUGGCAUCCAAAGAACGCAGACACAGAUACAGGUAACAAGGAUUCCAAUUCCUUCAUGAGGGGAACUUUUGCAUAUUAUCCUAAUGCACCUCAGUUACCCAGAAUAAACACAGAAGAUUCUAUCAAAUACAGCAUAAGUAACAGUACUGGAAUUCAAAUUGGAUCCUACAAUCACAUGAAGAUUGAAGAACAGAAUCAGCACAUAAGCACUUGUCCUAUCGUCGCAGAAACAUCUUAUUCAUAUUAUGAAGCAACGGGUAUAUUUGACGAUAAUACUGUCCUCUCUGAGAAGCAUCUGAAUCUAGUGAGAGAAAAGUUGGCUAAACAGUGGAAACACUGUGCUCGUAAACUGGGCUUCUGCGAUCCAGAGAUUGAUGAAAUUGAUCAUGACUACGAACGAGACGGACUGAAAGAAAAAGUUUAUCAGAUGCUGCUUAAGUGGGUAAUGAGGGAAGGCUCCAAAGGUGCCACGGUUGGAAAACUUGCUAAAGCCCUCUUUGGCUGCCGAAGACUCGAUCUCCUUACUAGUCUGAUGCAAAUGAAUGGGGAGCAGGUUGACUGAGAACCAGUGGAAAAGGAGGGUAUUUUUUCCUGAAGACUUUCCAUAGGAAGUAAUAAUUCUGGACAAGCUUUCUGGAACGUCCCUGUUUUGCAUGGACUCGUCCUUUUUGGAACAGAUUUUCUGCCAAGCAGUUCUAAGCGAAGACCUGCAGUAACUCAAAAUAUUUAUGUCAAGAUAAUUAGGUCUUCGAAGGGAUAAAAGAAAAUAGGCAUUUUCCUGUUGAUUAAAAUGAUUGCAUUAAGAUGUCAGUGACAACACAAUUCCAUAGUGAUAAUAUUAUUGAUUCAAGGAGAAUGUCUGUUUCUUUUAUACAAUAUUUUUAGCUUUCUGUCUUGAAACAUGCUGGUAUCCUUGUUCAGUUCAGUUCUGAACAAAAGCCUGUCAUUUCAGCAAAGCUAACAUAGCCAUAAGAAUAUAUCAGACUGCUUUCUGCCCAAGGCUUUCAAACUGUGAGCCAAAAUUAACUCUUAAUUUUGUCUAAGUGCCAAUACUUAAAAGAAUACAAGUGCAGAUUGCUCUAGUUUGAUAGGAUGUUAUUUUAAAAACUCUUUUUACAGUGCUUAUUAAAUAGAACAGUCUAGAACUAUGCAGAACAUUAGUGUGAAUACAAGCAAAAUGAUUUUUGGCUAAAGAAUCAGGAGCAUGAUUAACAAAAAUACUUUUCUUUCAUAGGAUACUAUUCCAUUAAUCUUGCAUUAAAUUUGACAUUGCUUGUUAGAGAAGAUUUGGCAUGAUAAAUCUCUAGUCUGCUUUAUGAAAUAAUGAAAAGAAAAUUCAGUCACUAUGAAAUUCCCAGCAAAGACUUGGGAAUAUAUAACCUUUGGGAAGGAGGAGAAGUGUUUUAUUCCAUAUCCUACUCACGAGGAACUUAAAAAAUUGCUGAAUCUCUUAGGCUGCAUUUACACUAGUAAAUUAAAUGAGCCUGAGAGUGCUCCUGGGCACUAAAUUCACUGGAAUGCAGCACUGUGCUUCCAGAGAAAAAAAAAUCUUUUAAACUCCAAGACAUUGUAGCAUGCUCAGGAAUCAUUUGACUGAGGGCUGUUUCACAGUGCUAAAGUUGUGGGGUACACUGUAGUGUAAGUGAUUACAUCCCAGUGCCUGUGAGUGUUGACGUAAUUUUAGUGUGCAGAUUCUACAAAGGAAGAAUUCUUUUGCUGUAAGGUUUUUUUGCCCCCAAAAUCAUUAUGCUAAGCUGUGCCUGUGAAGGUGUCUUCACUUAGGUGAAAACACCUCUUACUUCAGUCAAACCGAUAAACACUGCCAGCAGAUGUUUUGGGCCAUUCUUCUUUUGGCUCUGGAACAAGCAGUAAGUGUUCACUAAAUUCUGGUUGGUGUCAAAAAGCUAACUGUUUAAUAAACAGUGUAAUCUGAA